UGCAAUAGCCGCGUCACCUUCACGCUCAAUACACAUAUUGUACUUUGCUUUCGGCCGUGAACGCGCCAUGAACACUUUCGUCAACCAGUUCUCUACCAGCAGUGCACUCAGUGUCAUUCGGAAGGCGCAGGCUCUUGUAGACGACGACGAAGAGUUCUCGGAUGCUGCAUGGGGUUCUGAGGCUGGCUUUGGCAACUUAGCGAAAGGCGUGCCAAGUUUCUCUGUCCCUGCUGUCCACGACCCUACAGCAUUUCUGCGCUUGCACACGGACGACCACGCCGAUCCCAACUGCAGGAUCAAGAUUCAGCAUGGAACAACUACUUUGGCUUUCCGAUUCCAAGGAGGCGUGAUCGUGGCAGUCGACUCUAGAGCAACAGCUGGAAGCUACAUCGCAUCUGGGACGGUGAAGAAGGUCAUUGAGAUUAAUCCGUACUUGCUCGGAACUAUGGCUGGAGGAGCCGCCGACUGUCAAUAUUGGGAGACGUACCUUGGUAUCCAAUGCCGGUUACACGAACUGCGAAACCGGGAACGGAUCUCCGUCGCCGCCGCUAGCAAAUAUUUGAGCAACCUUGUUUACAGUUACAAGGGCAUGGGUCUCAGUAUGGGAACCAUGAUCUGCGGAUGGGACAAAACGGGACCCGCUGUAUUCUAUGUAGACUCCGACGGCACGCGACUAAAGGGCGACCUGUUCUCCGUCGGCUCAGGAAGCACUUUUGCCUACGGUGUUCUGGAUCAAGGUUACCGGUGGGACCUCACAGAUGAGGAGGCCCAGGAAUUAGGUCGCCGGAGUAUUUACGCUGCAGGGCACCGUGAUGCCUUCUCAGGUAACACUUGCAACUUGUAUCAUGUCAAGGAAGAUGGAUGGCGUUUCCUCGGCAACUACGAUAUUACUAAGAUGCACUACGAAGGACCCGGCGACGUCCCUGGCAGCGCGAAGACCGGGUACGGCUAUGACGUCCGCGUCGAAGGCCGCGUCUCGUCGGCUGCUCCUGCUGUAGCCUCAUAGACUUCCGCUUACGGUGUUCCAAUUCUGUACUUUACAUAUCUCUGAUAUACAUUCCAUUAAGCAUGGUCCGGUAUAGCGUCACCUGUGGACGGCUUGUACCUGCGGGGUAGUGUGAAGCGGUAGUCCUCCAUUCAUAUCUUACCGGUACCGAUGUGUGCUGCUAUCCAUUUACGGAUGAAUGUACUGCUCAUCUUCGCCUGUUUGAGCAGUUCAGCAUUUGUGUGAUCAAGACUGGACUCUGUAGACGAUAUCACGUCUAUGACAAAUGUUCGCAGAGGUGGCAGAGACUUCUCCUUGCGGAGUUUAUCGAUGGAGGCAGCACCAGGCAAAGUCUCCUGGCUCACGACCAACGCUUGGAUGUUCGGGUCCCAGGCUGUAGGACCGUAGACGUCGUCGAUGGCCACGAUGUUAUACACGAGGCCGGGCUUGAACAAUUCCAAGAAAGCCCGAACGCGGGCCACUCGCUCAGGGAGCUUCUCCAAAACUUCUUUGUUGGACUUGUUCACCAACAGCUUAUCCCCUGUAACCCCGACGAUCACUUUCUCCUGAGCAAUCCAAGCGCUCAUGCUCAGGAGGAUCUUAUGCCCAGCGUGCAGGUGGUCGAAUGUGCCCCCUAACGCCACGACAGGAUACACGGGUGGCAGGUGCUCAUCUUGGUUGCUAGGACCACUCUUCGAGCGUGUCUCUACUGACAGAUAUGCAGGACCUCCUGGAGGUAGCCAUGUCUGCGGCAAUGAUAACACGGAUUGGGGAAGUUGUGUACGGAGUUCUGGGUCUCCUGCGACCCUGAACAACCGCUGCAUCCCAUCGCCCGAUGCCUCCGGCAGAUGGUCAUGUGUACCUUUCAGUAGGACGUCGACAUCCAUCAAGACUCGGUCAUGGUCCUGCGCAGUCUUGGUUGCUUGCACAUAUACAUAGGUCAGGAGCCUCUGAACAUUGUCCCAUGCGCUCGUAGGGGAUACGCCAUGUUCAGCAGUGCCAUCGAAAGGGUUGAACAGUUCGGAGACGAGGACAAUGAGCAAUCGUUUCCGUGUUCUGGUCGUGGCUAGCGAUAUGGCAGGACCCAGACUAUGAGCUGCUUCGAAGGACUCAAGGAGACCGAUGAGAACGGCAUGGUCAGUGUCGGGUACCGCGAAUG